AUUAAAUCUCAAAUGAGUCACAGUUUUUUUUUGAAAAUGCAAGGAGUAAAAAGUACAGAUACUGGUUUAAAAAAUUGUGAAAAAACGUAAAAAAAAUAAAUAAACUUAAGUAAAGUUUGCCUUUUCAGUUAUUCGUCUAACAGCCCAGUUUCCACAAUAAAAACUUCCAUUUUUCUCAGGAGGACUUUCCACUCUUCCUCCCCACUCCAGAGAAUACCACUUUGUGAACCAGACGAUGACCUGGACCAAAGCUCAGAGUUACUGCAGAGAACACUUCACUGACUUGGUCACCAUCUACAACAGCAACAUCAACCAACUGCUUCUCUCAAUGUCACCAAGCAUCAAUGAUUUUGCUUGGAUAGGUCUCUAUGAUGAUCGUUACAGCUGGAAGUGGUCCAUGGAGGAAAAACUUUUUUAUGUUGGCAGCACUCAUGAAUUUUUGAUCUGGGCUAACGGCCAACCAGACUGUCUAUAUGGAAAUGAAUACUGUGUGGCUCUUCAGGGACAAACACAGAUGGAUGAUAGACCCUGUGGAGAUUCUUACCCUUUCCUGUGUUACAAUGCCAAAAAUACAAGUUACAUCUUAGUGAUGGAGAGCCGCUCCUGGUCAGCGGCUCAGUCGUACUGCAGGACAUACCACACAGACCUGACCAGUAUAAGAAGCAAAGAGGAGAAAUCCAACAUCACGCUCACUUUGAAUGGAUCAGGGGUUCAGUAUGUGUGGAUUGGUCUCUACAGGGAUCCCUGGGCCUUCUGGUCUGACAACACAACCUCCACAUUCACUAACUGGAUGUCUGGUCAGCCUAGUAACUAUCAUCCACCUGAGGACUGUGGAUCAUUUUUUUUAAAGACAGGGGAAUGGGCUGAUGGCUGGUUGAGAUCCCAUUUUUUCUGUUUCACAGCAGUGACAAAGCAAACAGUGGUGAAAAUGAAGCUUCAGUCAGAGGCAGACAUGCACAGCACAGAGAUCCAGCAGCAGGUUUCACAGCAGGUCAGCAGUUCAGUCACCAACACAAACUUGACACAAGUUCAAACUAUGCUUCAUGUUUUUCAUCAUCUGCACAUUUUGUCCAGCUGUCAGGCCUCAUGCUGUCAGAAGGACUGACAGACUUCAGGAUUCGUUGGAGGAAAGCCCAGAGUUACCGUGACGACCAGUUGAAGAAGCAGGAUGUGGACGGUGGCUGCAAAACUGAAUUCUGACUGGACUGAACCACUUCAUGUGUGAAGUUAAUAACAUGCUGUGCUGAGCUGUCUCAUCCUUUAAAUCUUUCAAUAUUUCAGAGUGUAAAGUUCCACCAAUAACCCCUUUGUAGUAACAGUUGUAGUUUGACAGAAAUUCUUUUAUUUAGAGGUCCAUGCACAAUUUUGUAGGUCUCCUUGAAAUUUUCUUCAUAGGCUUUUACAGUUGUUUACAGUUUAUUGGGAUCCAUAAUUCUUGUUUCAUUCUGACAGCAAUCUCUGCUGACUUAAACAAAAGGUAAAGAAAAUCAAAAAUUUAAAGCAAAAAACUGCUGUAAGAGGUCAGGAUGGAUACCAAAACACUGUUUAUGUCCUGUUUCUGCUUAGACUGUUUCAGACCCAUAAGAACCAUGAAUGGGAUCAUAAGUGUCCCAAUCCAUACCUGAUUUAAAUUGGUAUGGUCCAUUUUAAAGGGUUUGACUUUUAAUACAGACUUGAUGUCCUCGUAUUAGACACUAUUUCAAUUGGAUUUUUCUCUGCUCAUCAAAUGUUGGCAUGUUGAAUUUUUAAGAAACAAUCCAUUGCUUUCCUCCUGGAUUAUUUUCUUUAACAUGAAACACUGAGAUAAACACAUCUUCAGUGUCCGUCUCCUCGCCAGUCUCUUUCCUCCCAAAGAUAUGAAAAGCAUUAGCUCAGAGUAGAUUAAUUAGACAAGUAUAACUGAUGUUAUUUCAUUAUUAUUCUGUGAUUGUUAUUAUCAUUUGAUUCUGCUUUAGCUUUGCUCCUGCUAAAUUUCUUUAAUAAAUAUCCUUCAAAUAAAGUCUACAUUAAAUUAUGACCACAACAAAAAUAGCAGAGCGCACCACUGGAUUAUUUAGAGGAAAUUCAUCAUCUGUGCUCAUAUUUGAUUUGUCUAGUAGGAAACAGUGAGCAGAGAGAUUAGACAAACUUGACAGACUCACAGACACAUUGAUAGUUUUAGUAUUUUAAUGCUUACAGUAAGAAAACUGCAGAAUCAUUACAGUUGAAGGCUGUUUAAAGGGAAAAAA